AUGGGUGGAACUGAGAUAACAUCCCCUUUGCCAUACGAAUUCCCAAGUUUAAAAAUAAAUGCUGUAGAACAUUCAUUAAACGAAACGCUGUCAAAUUUUAAAGUGUCAGUUAUUAAGAAAUUAUGCGACACAAAGGAAAUAUCAGCACUUGAUUCUAUAAGAGAGCUCACAAAGUCAAGUACAGAAAUAUCAAAAAACUGUUCCCCAAAUGAUUAUAAAGAAACAAGUCCAGACAAAGAUAUUAAAGAUGUUAAUAAUGAUACCGUAUUAGAAAUAGAGGGAACUCCGACCGGUCGGAAAAGUCCUAUUAUACAAAGCAAGAAAGGCAAACAUCAACAAAACAUAAAAGAUAAGAUUAAAUGUCCCGAUGAUUGGCUCACACCAGAGAGAAAAAGUAUAAAACUAUCAUUUCCAUCACAAAAUCAACAGAAAACUGGUGCAAGAUUAAAACAGUCUAGACUAAGUCUGGUAAAGACAAAAAAUAUGAAUACUAUAGACCUUACAUGUUCUCCAGAAUGUAUUAAAAAUUUAAAUGAGACGGAAAUACAGCGUGAUGUAAAGAAAGAUAUUUUCGAUAGUGACACCAUUCUACCGUCACCAACUAGUGGUGUUAUAAAACUUCCAGUAUACAAAACUCUAUCCAAAGAAAGUCCGAAUAAAAUGAAAAGGCCACAAAUGUCAAUGAAAUUGGAUUUAGAAGAAGCUCCGAGUAUAAGUAAUGUGGGCAAUUCAAAUGAUGUUGAAGAUUCAAUUAAUAUAUUACAGAAUUAUCCCAAAAGUCCCACUAAGAAGCCGUUGAAUGAGAAUGUAAAUAUCGUGAACAAAUCAGUUGAUGGUGAAUCAAGAUCAUCUUUAGUAAAACCUCCAACAACAGCAAACACAGCUCAGAACAAUCAAUUGUAUAAAGUGGAGCCUCUCUUUAAAGAACCAAGUGUUAGGACAAAGGCAGAGAAACGAUCAUUACCAGGCUGGAGUUGUGAUGAGUGCAGAGAAUUCUUCGACGAGCUAUAUAAAGACGACCCUGUGAUGUUGGCGCGUAAGAUGAACGAGUGUUCAAAACAUCGCGGUCGGAACAAUCCUGUUAGACCGAAUACGCCAGGCGGGUUCUGGGAACCAAGGUGGGAUGUACCUGAUGAUACUGAAGAAUUCAAUAGAAGGAAUAACGUCUGA